AUGAGUGGACGGCUCCUGGCAGCGGGGAUACUGCCCCUUACCACGCGCCGCGCCGCCGCCAAUCUCCCUGAAGCCGCCGUCCGCCACUACCACCGCUUCCGACUCCCCACCGGAGGCCUUCAACGCGCCGAUGCAGCCAUCCACGCGACGAGACAGCGCAUGUGGCCCCCGGGCAGUGCCUUCCACAAUGCGGUCAUCGUGCGCAACGCCUCCUUCGCGAGGUUCCUGCCCAGGCUGCUGGUCAAGUUCGUCAGGAUACCCGCCAUGUUUGGAGGGUUGAUGAUAGGCGGAGUCGCGUGGGUGCAGUACCAGGCAAUACAGGUCAGCAACUCGGCGUCGGAGAUGUACAGGAACAUGAAGUCGACCGCGAUGGAUACCGCUUCAGAUUUCUUCGGUGGGGCGAAGGACAUAGCGGGCCAAAUUGGAAGGGGAUGGGACAACACUAAAGAGUCGGUCGAGCUCCCAGAGUGGAUGCAGAAGGUACUUCGAUUACAGGAAGACAUAGGCACCAGUGGAAAAGGGCCAGACCCAGGAGACGAGCCGCCGAAACACAGCAGGUCUGGAAAGGUCAUGACUGGUGCUGCGGCAGCAGGCGCGUGGACUCAGAUUGUGGACGACGAGCGGGAUGGAGAAGAAGCCGCCAACGACGACCAGAUGAUGGUACUCACCAAGAAGAUGAUCGAGAUCCGGAAUAUUCUCUCAAAUGUCGGCCAGUCCAGCGCCCUCACACUGCCGUCUAUUGUUGUCAUCGGGUCGCAAUCUUCAGGAAAGAGUUCGGUUUUGGAGGCUAUCGUGGGGCAUGAGUUCCUCCCCAAGGGCUCAAACAUGGUCACAAGACGGCCGAUCGAGCUCACUUUGAUCAACACCCCCGAGUCAAAAUCCGAGUACGGCGAGUUCCCGGAUCUAGGCCUGAAGACAUCCGACUUCUCCUCCGUGCAGAGGACACUGACCGAUCUCAACCUGGCUGUUCCGGACAGUGAAUGUGUUUCCGACGAUCCCAUCAGGCUGAGCAUCUACUCUCCCAGUGUGCCAGAUCUGUCUUUGAUCGACCUGCCGGGCUAUAUCCAGGUCGUCGGCCAAAACCAGCCUCUGGAACUCAAGUCGAAGAUUGCAGAACUAUGCGACAAAUACAUUCAAGCGCCAAAUGUGAUUCUCGCAAUAUCUGCGGCAGAUGUUGACUUGGCCAACUCCACAGCGUUGAGGGCAAGCAGGAGGGUAGACCCAAGGGGCGAGAGGACAAUCGGUGUUGUCACUAAGAUGGACCUGGUCGACCCAAUAAGGGGCGCGUCCAUAUUGUCAGACAAGCAGUAUCCCCUCAGGCUUGGAUACGUCGGGGUCGUCUCUCGAGCACCUGGCGUGAAGACAUUGUUCAACAAGGGGAUGGGCAGCAAUCUCACUGCCACUAUUGCCAAGAACGAAAAUGCCUUCUUCUCAUCACAUCCUUUAGAGUUUGGACCCGACGCUGGCCUCAGUGUCGGCACGCUGACGCUGCGCAAGAAGUUGAUGCACGUCCUUGAGCAGACCAUGUCUGCCAGCCUGCAAAGCACACACGACGCUAUAAAACAGGAGCUCGAAGAGGCCACCUAUGAGUUCAAGGUUCAGUACAAUGACCGACCGCUGUCGGCAGAGUCGUACCUAGCCGAGAGUCUCGAUGCCUUCAAGCACUCUUUCAAGCAGUUCACCGAGGAAUUCGGCCGUCCGCAAAUGAAAGAGAUAUUGAAGAAGGAGCUCGACCAGCGCGUACUAGACCUGCUUGCUCUCCGCUACUGGAACAAGCCCAUCACCGACCUUUCCCAACCACCUCCAGAGGUCGACUCCCUCGCAGAUCUGCCCAAAGCCGAUCCUAACAACCCCUACUGGCACCGCCAGCUCGACGCCUCCACUGCGUCACUGACGAAGCUGGGAGUGGGUCGUCUGGCUACGAGUGCGGUGGCCACGACAAUCCAGCAGCACAUCGAGCAGCUGAUUGCACAAUCGACAUUCGCCAACCACCCCUUUGCGCGUGAGGCAAUCACCAAUGCCGCGUCAAGCAUCCUGAACGAGAGAUUUUACAGCACAAGUGAUCAGGUGGAGAACUGUAUUAAGCCUUACAAGUUCGAGAUCGACGUCGAGGACAGGGAGUGGAACGUCGGCCGGGAGCACGUUGGAGGCGUGCUCAAGGGUGAGCUGGACGCGUGCCAGAGCGCCCUGACGAACCUGGAGAAGGCGGUUGGCGGGCGGAGGAAGAUGAAGGAGGUGAUGGGUUUUGUUGACAAAUGCCGGAAGGGAGAUAUCAUCGUUGAGGGCGACGGGAGGAUUGGCGCGGGCGGAUUCAGCGCCGCGCUGCUGGAGAAGGGCCGCGAGGCAGUGUUCCUGCGCGACCGCGCAGACAUCAUCAACAUGCGGCUGCUGGCGGUCAAGUCGCGGCAGUGCAAGGACCCGAACAACAAGUACUACUGCCCGGAGGUGUUCCUGGACGCGGCGGCGACCAAGCUCGCGCAAACGGCGGUGCUGUUCCUCAACGUCGAGCUGCUGUCCGAGUUCUACUACAACUUCCCGCGCGAGCUCGACGCGCGCCUCGGCCGCCACCUGUCCGACGACCAGAUCGAGCGCUUCGCCAAGGAGGACCCCAAGAUCAAGCGCCACCUCGAGGUCAUCCGCCGCAAGGAGCUGCUCGAGCUCGUCCUCGACAAGAUGGAGAGCCUGCGCCAGCUCGAGGCCCCGAGGGGGUCGGCCAAGGCGGACCGCGAGGGGAGGAAGGAGAAGGGCGGGCGGUGGGGCCUGUUCUGA